AUGGAAAAAGAGCAAUAUCGUUCGGUGAUUCGAUUCUUGUUUUUGGAAGGGAAAACGCGCAGCGAAAUCAAAGAUCGCUUUGAUGCUGUGUACGGCGACUCUUCUCCUUCGAUUGCGACCGUCAAGAAUUGGUUCAACGAGUUUGUUCGUGGCCACACAUCGGUUUUUGAUGAGCCACGCCCAGGUGCUCCGAAAACGGCUAAUACGGAGGAAAACGUAAACAAAAUCCACGAUCUCGUGUUGGCAGACCGCCGAUUGAAGGUUCGCAAGAUAGCUGAGGUUGUAGGCAUCGCAGAAGGAACGGCGCAUCAUAUUUUACACGAAGAACUGGGCAUGAGGAAGCUAUCGGCACGAUGGGUGCCGCGUUUGCUCACACCGGACAACAAGCGCAACCGUGAGACAACAUCGGCGACGUGUAUUGGGCCGAUUCAACACCGAAUUGAAGAAAAACUCCGUUCGGCGAAGAAAAAAGUGCUGUUCCACCACGACAACGCACCGGCUCACACCUCCGCCGUCGCCGUAGCCGAAUUGCGCUAUGAAUUGCUGCCCCAUCCACCGUAUUCUCCAGAUUUGACCCCCUGUGACUUUUUUUGUUUCCAAACCUGGAAAAGUCACUCUCCGGGAAUAGGUUUGGGUCGAAUGAGGUCAUCGCCGCCACGGAGGCCUAUUUUGCAGACCUUGAGAAAACGUAUUUUUUGGACGGGUUGA